UGAUGUAGAAUAUGUUCAUCGGUCUAAAAAAAAAAAAGUACGAUAUGUUCUAUCAAUGUACAAUAUCCUCAUCCCCAAAACCCUGCUGUUUAUGGUGAUGGGUGGGCAGGGCAUAAUCCGAUCCGUCGAACAUCAACCUCGCAAACCAUUUCUGGAUUUCACAGCCCAUUUUCUGAUGAAGUCUGCUGGCGUCGAUUACCAGAAUCUUGCAACAUAAUCUCGCUGGUCUCGAUCCUCAGCAUUCUUUCUUCUUCGACCUCCAAAGGUCCGUCGGUCAUAUCUCUGGCGCAGUGGAGGCAGUCAGUUGUCAACCAGAAGGACGCUGUUUUAUCUUUUGAAUUGGUGGUGCAGUGAAUGAGAAUUCUCACCGAUUCAGAGUAGGUCCGGGCAUGCACAAUUGUCGUCUUCCAUAGUGACCCAAGAAAACAGAAGGAUAAGCUUUAAAGCAAGGAAGGAGGGAUGGCACUUUCUGAGACCUUUUGCUCCACUUGAUGAUAGACAUAACACUGAUGCGGCCGGGUCAACGCUGACUCUCAUCCUGUUGUUUUGUCCUUCUCAAUGGUCUAACCCCUUUUCACACCAGAAUCCCGGGGAGCCUGUUCUCUGGCAUUGAUUUUGGGCGGUUAAGUCCGCGGUUGACAGCUUACGUUUCAUGUGGAGAAGUUUUGAUUUCACACCUGUAUAUGUGCCUUUCCCCUUUUCACGGGCUUUGGCGACCUGUUCUUCUAUUCUUUCUAAUUGAAAACUUCAACUUGUCUUCCUUUCCUCAAUUGUGUUUUCCGUUCAUGCCUCCACCUGUUCCCCCCCACCCCCCCGGUGCUCCCUUCACCUCCUCUUUCAUACCUUCUAGCUUCACUCCAGACUCUACCAAUUCUGAGCUCUCUGCUCUGUCACCAUGGGUUGCUGCUUUAGUGCGAGGAUCAAAGCUGAGAGCCCUCCUCGCAAUGGUUUGAUUUCACAUGAUGGUAACAUGAAAGAGGAUGGUUUGGGUGGUCUGAGUGGUUUGAGUGACAAGACCCCCGCUCCCUCUGUGCCUCCCACUCCCCGGUCCGAGGGUGUGAUCUUGAAGUCCUCCAACAUGAAGAACUUCAGCUUUAAUGAGCUAAGAACCGCUACAAGGAACUUUCGUCCGGAUAGUGUGGUGGGUGAAGGUGGAUUUGGCUGCGUAUUUAAGGGUUGGAUAGAUGAGCAUACACUUGCACCGAUUAAACCAGGGACUGGGCUUGUGAUUGCUGUGAAGAGGCUUAGCCAAGAAGGCCUUCAGGGACACGCUGAAUGGCUGACAGAAAUAAACUACCUGGGGCAGCUACAUCAUCCUAAUCUAGUGAAACUGAUUGGUUACUGCUUAGAGGAUGACCACCGGAUUUUGGUGUACGAAUUUUUGGCCAAGGGCAGUUUGGAUAAUCACUUGUUUAGGAGGGCUUCUUACUUUCAACCACUUUCUUGGAGCAUCCGUAUGAAGGUUGCUCUUGAUGCUGCCAAGGGUCUGGCAUUUCUUCACAGUGACCCAGUAAAAGUGAUAUAUCGAGACUUCAAAACUUCUAACAUCUUGAUCAAUUCGAACUACAACGCGAAGCUCUCUGAUUUUGGGUUGGCAAAGGAUGGACCAGCAGGUGACGAGAGCCAUGUCUCUACAAGAGUAAUGGGAACCUAUGGCUAUGCUGCACCUGAGUAUUUGGCCACAGGCCACUUGACUAAAAGGAGUGAUGUGUACAGUUUUGGGGUUGUUCUCCUUGAAAUCAUAUCUGGCAAACGUGCACUGGAUAAUAACCGGCCAUCUGGGGAGCACAAUUUAGUUGAAUGGGCAAAGCCUCACCUGACCAGCAAACGGCGAAUUUUCCAGGUUAUGGAUGCUCGUAUCGAGGGUCAGUACUCACAGCAGGAAGCAAUGAAAGUGGCUAGCCUAGCGCUUAAAUGCUUGUCCGUAGAACCCAAAAUGCGACCAAACAUGGAGGAGGUGGUCAGGGCAUUGGAACUUUUUCAGGAUUCGAGUGACAUGGCUACUGUGGGAGGGAGCUCUCAAAAUCAGCAAUGGUCCUAAGCAGCAUAGAAGAAGCAUCAGUGGAUCUUCGAACGGAGAAGGGACUUCUACGCCAACGUGAUCGGCCUCUACUUUAUGUAAUUAGACGGAAAUAUUACUGGUUUCCCUUUUCAUUGUUUUGAAUAUUGACUAAAGCAUGCAUGAAGAAAGGUGAUUGGUGUACAGUUAAUGAUUUUGUAAAUGAGGAAAGAAAUAAGCAAUGCCUUUCAUUA